CGCCGCCUCCGUUGGGCGGGCUGGGAGGGGGCGGCGCGGCCGCCAUUAGCCGCGCUGUGAUGGAGGACGAGGAGUGCCCGGCCCUGGUGCCCAUCGCCGGCGGCGGCUCGGAGGGGCCCGAUCCCGGCAGGAGGAUCCCCGUGACGAUCAUCACGGGCUACCUGGGUGCUGGGAAAACAACUCUUCUAAACUACAUACUGACAGAACAACAUAAUAAAAAAAUUGCAGUGAUUCUCAAUGAGUUUGGAGAAGGAAGUGCAUUGGAGAAAUCCCUGGCCAUCAGUCAAGGGGGAGAACUCUAUGAAGAAUGGCUGGAGCUCAGAAAUGGCUGCCUGUGCUGUUCAGUAAAGGACAAUGGUGUGAAGGCUAUUGAGAACCUCAUGCAAAAGAGAGGAAAAUUUGACUAUAUAUUGUUAGAAACAACUGGUUUGGCAGAUCCAGGAUCUGUGGCCUCCAUGUUUUGGGUUGAUUCUGAGCUGGGAAGUGACAUUUAUCUUGACGGCAUUAUAUCUGUUGUUGAUGCAAAGCAUGGAUUGCAGCACUUGACAGAGGAGAAACCAGAAGGCCUUGUCAAUGAAGCAUCUCGGCAGGUUGCAUUAGCUGAUCUUAUAAUCAUCAAUAAAACAGAUUUGGUUUCAGGGGAAGAAUUGAAUAAAGUCAGAACAUCUGUCAGGUCAAUAAAUGGAUUUGUCAAAAUUAUAGAGACGCAGAGAUCAAGAGUUGAUCUCUCCAAUGUGUUGGACCUGCAUGCAUUUGACAGUCUAUCUGGAAUAAGUUUGCAGAAAAAGCUUGAGCAUGUGAAGACAACACACGCGCAUUUAGAUAAGGGUAUAAUGACAGUAACAUUUGAAGUUCUAGGCGAUAUAAAAGAAGAAAACCUGAAUCUCUUUAUACAGAAUCUUCUGUGGGAGAAGAAUGUGAAAGAUAAGACUGGGCAUGCCAUGGAUGUUAUAAGACUGAAGGGACUGGUAUCUAUUCAAGGCAAAUCUCAUCAAGUGAUAGUCCAAGGUGUCCAUGAGCUCUAUGAUCUGGAGGAGACUACAGUAGAAUGGAAGGAAGAUGAAAAGAGAACAAAUAGACUGGUUUUAAUAGGUAGGCACUUGGAUAAGGAGAUCAUCAAAGAAGUAUUCGUAGCCACUGUGACAGAGAAACACGGAAACAGUUGACAUCAGUCUAUAAACAAGUUGAAAAGUCUCUGCUUAACCUUUUAUGAUGAAAAAGACUGAAUGACAUGCAGUGUAGUUGUUUUGUCUUCCUGUUGCAGUUUACAGAAGAGUUGAACUCUGAAGUUCUCCUGACAAUUCCAGCUCACCUACUGCUUAAAGAUUAGCUGCUAUGGUCUAGAAUCAAACACAAAGAAUUCUAGCAUUUUGGAUUUGGCCUAAGUUACAUUAGUAACAUUUAGAUUUGAGAAAUAAAGAUGCGCAAAGGACUUUAUUAUGCCGUAUGUGAAAAGAAGCCAUAAAUUCCAAUAUGCAUGUAGUAAACUUGUUUGAAACGUAGUCCUUUCUUCUGCUAAUUGUCUUUUAGUACUGGAAAUUAAGUAGUACUGAUUUUUACCAGUCAUGUAAUUACAGUAAAAAGUAUUUAAUGUUUAGUAUUAAACUCUCUUGCAUAACUUUCUA